AUGUCGCUGAACGGGCUGGACAGCGUUGAGGUCACACAGGCGUACCAGGGUGCCCUCGCCGAAGCUGGUGGUUGGUUUUUGCUCAGGUACACAUCUAGAGAUGCUGUUGAAGUACUGACGCGGGGCACUGGCGGAGCAGGCGAGGCGCGCGCUGCAGUUGCCCAGUACGAGGAAAAGUCGCCGCUCUACGGACUGCUGUUGUACCGUCGUCGCAAGGUCCUGGUCAAGUACGUGCCUGAGGGCACAUCGCGACUACUGCAGGCUCGCGUUGCCGUCCACUUUAUCAACAUUGCCGAGAAGUUUGCGCCCCACGACAUCGUAUUGCCCAUAACCACGCCAGAUGAGCUUAGCGAUGCCGCCCUUACCUCUGCCUGCAGCUUGCAUACCGCCGCCCCUUCGAGCUCCUCGUCCAGCUCAUCGUCGCGUCAGCAGAAGCUUAGCUGGAUUCAGGAGGCCGCAGAAGAAGUGGGUGGAGACGAGAGCCUGACACGACCUAGCACCGCAAAGUCCACCAUACCCACCAUACUAGAGCCGCAGACCGAGGAGCCCGUGCCGAGUCUUCCAUCGUCUUCACAUGGAGAAUCUGUUCCGCUGAUACUAGACGACAAGGCCGUCGAGCACAAGUUGUCAUCGCAAAUUUCCCAUGUCACCAUGGAGACGGUAUCUGAAGGCCCGGUGACGCCCGAGACUGAUCUUUCUGACCUGCACGAUACCCUCAAGAGCUACGACUCACUAUUCGAAAAUGGCCCAGAGCCCAGAAACUCGUCGCAAACCACGCGGCCCAACUACGAUGAACUGUAUGAGCACUACUAUGCUCAAUAUACCAAGCCCAAAGUCAAGCUGGGGCCGCGGCCACGUCCGUCUCUCGAUGGCAAGCGACCAGCCACGUCAGGCAGUGCCCCGGCAGACCUCUCAAGGCCCAAAUCCUCACUACCAGCCGGUCUACGCUCCGCUAACCGAAAGGCGGCCGAGAGCAAAAUGUCCAAAUCCACCACACCCGGUGCACUACCUACUAUUUCGAUUCCCCCAGCGACGCAGGACCUUAACCCACCCAGCAUGCCACAGUCCCCGGUCUCAUCCCUAUACUCAACAAGAGGUCCUAUCAGUGUCAAGUCCAUGCCCGUGUCGUCAUAUAGAAGCCUGAACAGGUCUACGGGGCCAACACAAGAAAGGACGAGGCUGAUGAAGGCUCUCGAGUUGCGCAAAAAGCAACAGCAGCAGCAAAAAGACAAGAUACCCGAGGUGCAAACAGAGGAUGCUGAGGCCACGGAUGAUGAAGCUGAAGUCAAAACAAUUGUCACACCAGAGUCGGAAGAGACGGCCGAGGAAGAAUCUAGUCCCGAGAGAGAGACUCUGCUAGGUGAUGACUUGCAGUUCGCACACCGUCUGAGCAGUUCUGGCUUAACGGCGACGGAAAACCAAGCAGAGGCCGAUGACUUGAACUCAUCGUUCUCGAUAUCUUCGCCCGUAUCCGCUCAGACUCGUGGCUCGUCUGACGCGCCGUCAACACGGCCGUCGUCGAUAUCAGAAGAUGAGGCAGGAAUGGAAGAUUCGCAAAAGUGUGAAGAUGCGCACAAUCCAGACAUAGACGAACGGCAAUCGGUCGACAGCCAGCCAACUGUAGUACCCGAAAGCACCACUCCCGUCCCUGGAGAGGCUCCAAGCCAGCAAACUGAAGGGCCGGUAAUCACAGAACGAGCGCCUUCAUUCGAUGAUACAGAAGGUGAGGCGAGAGAAGUCCCGAGGCCAGCCGAAGAAAAUGUCCGACGCUCGAAUCGGGAAUCCACAAUCUACAUGCCAUCUGGCGACACAGAGGACGGACAGGCAAAGAAGCGCAACAGAGAGUCUAUGCUCAUGCCCUCUUCCAAGAGGCGAAGCUUUGGAGAAUCGAAAAAGGGAAAGCGCCGUGCGUUGUUGGACGCAGUCAAUGUCAGCGCGGAGAACUCCGAGGCCGAGUACCUGUCCGACGACUCCUUCAUGGAGGAACUCCAGAGCGCUACCGUACACGAGGCCAAACCCAUGUCGGUAUCCAAGUCCCCAAUCACGCCCUUUUUCCCGCGCAAGUCCUCUCACACGGACUUGUCGACACCUCCCAGGUCAGCCUCGUCCAACUACGCAGAGAGUACACCGCUGGAGCUUCACCAAAGUCCCUUGAUCAUCGACCAUCAAGUGGCAACCUUUACACCCAUGAGCCCUCCUCGUGGCAGGACUGAGCCUACUUCUCCUCGGGAAGUUCGCUCGUCACACUCGCGAGAGCAAAGUAUCGCCGCAUCACGGACAUCUUCUGAGAGCACCUGGAGGAACUUCGGUCGUAGAAUGAGCGAGUCCAAGUCAGUGCACAGCCAAGAGGGCGACGAGAAGAGAUCAGAGAAGAAGGAAAAGAAGGAGUCGCACAGCGGCAAGAAAUCUAGCAAGACCAGCAAGAUGUUCAAGCGCAUGUCUUCGUCCAUUUCAUCCAUGCCCUGGAAGAACUCGUCGAGCAACUUGGCAUCGUCCGAGAACGAUAUGCGAUCAACCUCAUUGGCAUCUCUUAGGGAGCCACCGCCUGCGGUCCACGUUGGAGACUUGAACAUCCAGUUCCCUGAUACCUUGCUCUGGAAACGCAGAUGGGUCGAAAUUGACGGCUCUGGCAACCUUGUCCUCAGCCCUUCGAAGCACAACGAAAAGGGCGUGACUAAACGCUUCCAUUUGAGCGACUUCCGCACCCCAUACCCGCCUGACCAAGAUCGACAAGAACUUCCCAACAGUGUCGUCCUCGACUUCAUCGAUGGACGAACACUGCAGUGCGCUUGCGAAACGUACAUUGGGCAAGCUCAGGUUCUGCAAAUUCUCCGCGAAGCGCAUGAUGCUUGGCUUGCGUACAACCAAACGCAGUAA